AUGACUUGCUCACACUGUGGAGAGAACAGAAUCGAAUAUGAUACCGCUGCUGGGCAUGCAUUUUGUCCAAAAUGUGGUUUUGUUGUCGAGGAGAGUAAGAUUGUAUCUGAAGUUACUUUUGGAGAGAGCGCGUCAGGCGCCGCAAUUUUACAAGGAUCAUACGUUGGAGCUGACCAAAGAAGGGCUAGAUCCGCUGGUCCUUAUCGUCGACAUUCAAGCUUGGACUCAAGAGAACAAACCAUUGCGAAUGGACGACGACAAAUCCAAGCUUUGGCUACUGCGCUGAGACUUUCGGAUCACCUGAUGGAAGCUGCGCAAAGAUAUUUUAACCUUGCGAUUACCAACAAUUUCAUCCAGGGUCGGAAGACCCAACUUGUCGUCGCUGCUUGUCUCUACAUUGUAUGUCGUACAGAGAAGACCAGCCAUAUGUUGAUCGACUUCUCGGAUAUUUUACAAGUGAAUGUUUUCACGUUGGGAUCUACAUUUUUGAAAUUGGUAAGGACGCUUCACCUUGUUCUUCCAUUGGUUGAUCCAUCAUUAUACAUCUCGAGAUUCGCAUCCUUGCUGGAAUUUGGGGAAGAAACUCCAAAAGUAGCUUCAGAUGCAAUGCGCCUUGUGCAGCGAAUGGACCGUGAUUGGAUGCAGACAGGAAGAAGGCCUGCUGGUAUAUGUGGAGCAUGUGAGCACGAAUUCAGUUUGUUGAUUUCCGCUCGGAUGAAUAACUUUCAGAGAAGUAUCAAGGAAGUCAUUGCCGUCGUGAAGACAGCAGAUGUGACCAUUAAAAGAAGGCUAGAAGAAUUCAAAGUUACCCCCACGGGUAAGCUUUCUGUCCAAGACUUCAGGAAUAUAUGGCUCGAACCACAAUGCGAUCCUCCCUCAUUUACGCGGGCAUUAAAGUCGGCAAAAUUACCCAAAGACAAUCGGCAAGUAGCUGAUUCGACAUUAAGAGAAGUGGACGAGAAUGACGAAGUGACAGCUGGCUCAUCAAGCGGUGAUGCCGGUUCAAAAAGAAAGAGGGGUCUCACCGAUUUUGAUGGAGAUGAAAUUCAGUUACAAACCGAAUUUUUACAGGAAAUUUUCGACCUUGACGGGAACAGCUCUCAAAAUAUUCCGACGUCACAAAAUGAUGAGACGGUAGGUAAAAGAAGAAAGAGAGAUACCAACGUUGAAGAAGAAGGUCCUCCAGCGCGUAUAGAUAAAGGCAAAAGGCCGAUGCAUGACUUGGAGGAAGAAACAGAUCGCGCGUUGGAGGAUGAAGUGAACUCCUUCCUAGGUGAUAAGUACUUGCAGAAAGUUAGUACCGACUUGGAAGAAAGAUCUCGCCAAAGCUUUACUUCAGAUGAUGAAGAUGAUGAAUCUAAUGGCGAUAGUUCUCAACUGACUGAAGAGUUAGGAUCUGAUCUUGAUGAAGACGAAGAAGUAAGAAACGCAAUCUUAACCGAGGACGAAGUCAUACUUAAAACACGGGUCUGGAUGGAGCUAAAUGGGGAGUUUUUGAUGGAGAUGGAGGAGAAAAGGAAGCAGCAAGAGAUCGACAGGCAAAACGGGAUUGGGGUUCGCAGGCAUAAGCGACCAAGAAAAAGCAGAAAUAACGACCUUACUGUGUCUAGCACGCCAGCAGAAGCAGCAAGGAGACUCUUUGAAGAGAGAAAUCUCUCAAAGAAAAUUAACUUUAAGGUAUUGGAUAAUCUUUUGGAGAAUUUAACAGAAAGUAUUCCUACUUCUCCAACAUCAUGGCGGGAUUAUGAUCCUACGAGCAUAAGUGGUUCAGGGAUUGCACGCGGCAUGACUUCAGAAAGAAAUAGAUCACCUGAAGAGGAGGACUAUGGAUGGAAUCGUCGAACUUUAAAGCUUAGCAACAAUAGGGACAAUAGAGAUUUACAAUAUGGAAAUAGUGCCGCAACAACUCCUGGGUUAACUGAAGAUGGUGAAGAUUAUGUUGAAAACGAUAAUAAUGAAUACGAAUACGGAGGGGAUCCUUAUGAUGAGUUUAAUGAAGAUGUUUACUGA